UGAUUCAGAGCACCCAUGGUUUACUCCCCUCAGACGAGCAGCAGAAGCUAAGAAAACCAAAGCUCAGAAACCAAAACUCAGUCACAGCACGAACAUGAGGACAGAGAAGACUGGAUGGGAAAAAACAUCUAUUUCAAUCCUAAUUAAAGGUUACUGACCCCGGAGAAAGAGAAGAAAAAAAAAAGGAAAAAAAAGUGAAGCAACGUUUCUUGCCAAAGUUUGGUCCGUUUGCAUCAACCAAAACCACCAGCGCCCGCUUCUAGCUGUAAGAACAACAUUUGGAGGAGUGGGGGGGAAUUAAAACGAGCUUCCUGGAGGUUUUUUACUUGAAGUUCGUCCUUCGCUCUUUUCUCUGCGGUCUGCUUCUUCUGGGAGCGCUCUGCUGCGCACGAGAGGGGCGCGAGUGACGUCACGGUCCCUGAGUGGACGAGGUGUGCAUGAGAGCUGUACCUGUGACGGACACGCUGUCCCCACCUGAAAACAGCAGCCUAAUUAAACAGUUUAAUAGUGAUUCAGGCAGUGUUUCACUCAGCAGGUGCGCAGCUUGGUUCACACACAUUUAGAAGGCUGUGAGAAAAACACAAAAAGCAAAUCUAACUCUUAUGAAGCAGUUUCCUUCUGAUGAUGACAUGAAACGAUUGACAAAAGCCAAGUUCCUCGUUGGUAAAGCAAACAAAGGGGAAGCUGAAGCGCUUAGACACUUUUGCCCUGGAGACAGAGAAGUGAACAGACACUGAUAGAAGACAACAGAAAAAGCACCAGACCCCUGCAGAAACAUUAACUAGAGAAAAGGACUGUGGAGCUACAGGAAGAUGGACAUCAAUGGUGGGCUCAUAGCACAUCAACAAAGCUACUGCUGCUUACUUAUCAUUGUUUGCAUGAGAGGUGUUCUAGCUGGUGAUUGGUCAGUUCACCUCCCCUCCAGUCCCAUAUGUGCUGUGGUUGGCUCUUCAGUAGUCCUGUCUUGUUCCUAUGACUACCCACUUAGCUCUGACCAAUUCAAAGCAGAUGGGCCACUCUCUGCUCAGACAGGAGGCAAUGAAAAGGGACUGGAAUACAAAGUUUUGUCUGAGAUGUGGUGUCUUGGAGACAGCCGCUGUAUUACAGGAAGAUAUGUGUUCCACAGUGCCGGUAUCUUCCCUGAUCCAUCAUAUGAGAACCGAGUGGAGUAUCUGGGACAGCCUGGAACCAAGAACUGCUCUUUAAGGAUUUCUGAUCUCAAAGAGUCAGACAGUGGAACCUACGUGUUCUACCUCAUUACCAACCAUACGACUGAGAAGAUGCCUCCACAGACUGGAAUACAACUCUUAGUAGCAGCAGAUUCCUUCGGAGCUGUUGCAGUCUCAGCAGGUCCAUCCCAUAUUGUGUCUGAGGGUGCUGCAUUAAGCCUGGCUUGUUGUAGCCCAGCAGCCACUGCACAAAGCCAGUUCACCUGGUACAAGAGCACAGAGAGCAGGGUUUUACAUGCUGGACAGGUAUGGAUUAUCCGUGACGUCACACCUGAAAAAUCUGGAAACUACCACUGCCAAAUGAAGACUGGAAAUCAGAUGCAAAAAUCUAACUUUCUGGCCAUUAAUGUGCAUUACCCACCUAGAAACACAAGUAUCUCCAUCUUAGGAGCCCGAGACGAUUAUCCUGUGACUCUGACCUGCAGCAGUGAGGCAAACCCACCGGUGGACACCUAUGUCUGGUAUCAGGGUGAAGCCUGUCGACCGACUGCAGACAAAAGCUUUCAUCCAGGAAGGCGAACCAAGGCUACACUAACAGGAAGAGGCCCAACAUUCAGCAUGGCCAACUUUACCACUGAGACGUGUGGGCAGCACUGCUGUGUGGCACGCAACAGACAUGGAUCUGACAGCAUGACUUUCAGCAUAACAAAUUCAAGAGCAAAAACUCCAUCAGACUCAUUGAGAGGAAAAAUGGUCCUAAUUGGAGUAACUGUUGGGAUUCUGGCUAUUGUUGUUGCUACAGUUGCCUUUCUGCUGAUGAGAGGGAAGAAGAAAGCCAGACAUCGCUCAUAUGUCCUGACUGGGACAACUGUCACAGAAUCUUAAUGACACAGAUUGAAAGCAGACAUUUUUUAUACUGCAACCCAAAUGUGAAGAGCUAAUGGAUACAUGAGGGGACCAACACGUGUCUGAUCAUCCUGCAACAUGACUCCAUCUUUGCAGUUACAUAAUAUACCAACUUAUUAUCGACACAAAACCCAACAAUAAGGCUUCAUAUUCAUCUUUUUUAACUAAGGAUUUUAAUUAUAAAUUGAAUAAUGUUUUUGAAUAAAAGUAGUUAUACAUAUGUGUUCUUAAAGUUAAAAAAAAAAAUUAUAUACAGUAGAUAUAUAUAAAUGUGUAUGUGUGUACUUUUUUUUUCAUUUUCAAGUUGAGAUUAUUUAUUCUCAAAGCACAAAAUAAAAUAUGGAAGUCCAAUUAGAGUUUAAAGUAUGAUUUUCUGUGCAACAAUACAUAAUUAGAUAUGUAGAUUUCCAUUAUGUCUGACUAAAUACAACCAAAUAUCUGCUACAAAAAAAGUUGAAGUAAAAACAAAAUAUGUCUAUACCUGUUUAUCUAUUCAAGAUAGGAGACAUAUUUCAUGAUUGCAUCUCCAAUUGGAAUUUACUAAUGAAUUUAUUUUUGGGGUUUAAAUUAUCAGUUGAUGAAAUUGUCCUGCUUUGGCUUUUUUUAUAUACAGAUGAAAGUUGUACUUUGGGUUGGUGUGAUAUAGUUAGAUUUGAGCUGUACAUGCCAUGUAUCAAACCCUACUUAAAGUCCUUUUAUAAUGUCUUCUAAGUCGAGUUACUUCAGAAGUUGACAUUCUGUUAGUAGGACUGUUCAUUUUGCUCUUACACAUUCUCUGAUAAGUCCAAAUAAAUGAGAAAUGAGGCCCUUACACAACUCAUUCACUGAAAAAAUUAAUGCAACCGCUUUUGGCAUUUAUUUAGUUACUUUAUCACAAUUAUUUUAUGUCCUACCCUAACAUAAAACAAUUGUGUUAAAGUAACUAAAUAUGAUUAGGUGAAUGCCAAAAAUGGUUGCAUUAUUUUUUUCGGUGUUGUGUAAGGGCUAAGGGUGUUUUCGACUGUUGCUUUGAAGAUAAUGAUGGAAAAUUUAGAUUUUAGGCCUCUAAUGUUUCAUAAGGCAUAGUUUUACAAUCAUGGCAAUAUUUUAAUGUUUUAAGAGCCUAAUUCCACCCCAGACCCCAAACAAUGUCUCAGUUCCACAUUUAGCUCCUUGAACAUUCAAUAAUUUCUCAGGUUAAUGAUAUGAGUGCUAAACCUUUCUUUUUUAACUUAAUUAAAACAACUUGUUUGUUGUAUUCAUUUCA